AUGUCGCAGGAGGAAAAGGAUGCCCUUCCUUUAUCCCGACGCAAGAAACUUGAAAAACAACUCGCAGCGCUUCGGAAGAAGCAGGCGAAGGCGGCGGCCGCCGCCAAUCGUGCUCAGGCCACCCCAAAGAAGGACGGCGCGACCUCAGACAAGAAGAAGAAGAAGGCCGCCGCUCAGGCCGCCGCUGACGCUAUGGCCAAUUUUGUCAACAACACACCCGCCGGCGAUAAGAAGAUCUUAGACGACGUCAUGGCCCCUACCUACCAUCCCAGAGCGGUGGAAUCGGCUUGGUAUGAGUGGUGGGAGAAGCAGGGAUACUUUCAUGCCGAUGCCAAGGAUAUGGAAGGGAAAGGGCCGGAAGAUGCUUUCAUUAUGGUCAUCCCUCCUCCUAAUGUGACAGGGAGCUUGCAUUUAGGGCAUGCCCUCAUGUGUGCUGUAGAGGACGCGCUUGCGCGCUACCAUCGUAUGCACGGCAAGGUCACAAUGUGGUUGCCGGGUGUCGAUCAUGCCGGUAUUGCGACACAGGCUGUGGUGGAGAAGCAGCUGAAGAAAGAGCGCGGAAUCGAUCGUCAUGCGUUGGGUAGGGAUGGGUUUGUGAAACAGGUCUGGGAUUGGAAGACCGAGUACGGUGGGAAGAUUGUUCACCAAUUGCGAAGAAUCGGAAGCUCUCUUGAUUGGGAGAGAGAAGAGUUCACGAUGAGUGAUAAGCUUAACAAUGCCGUGAGGGAAGCGUUUGUCAAGUUUUAUGAUGAUGGACUCAUUUACCGUGAUACCAGGCUCGUCAACUGGUCUAGUACAUUGCACACAGCUAUCUCCGAUAUUGAGGUGGACAAUAUUGAAAUUGAAGCAUUCACAAAGAGAAAGGUUCCUGGCCACGAAGAUCUGAUUGAGUUUGGCGUGCUCACCAACUUCGCAUACAAAGUUGAUGGUUUAGAUGAAGAGCUCGUCGUGGCGACCACACGCCUAGAGACUAUGCUUGGGGAUACUGCCGUGGCCGUCCACCCUGACGAUCCGCGAUACAAGCACUUGAUUGGUAAGAAUUUGAUUCAUCCUUUCGUGGACCGUAAGCUUCCUAUAAUCGCCGACGGGGAACUUGUUGACAUGUCUUUUGGAACUGGUGCCGUAAAGGUUACCCCAGCGCACGACCCGAACGAUUUUGCGUGUGGAAGACGAAAUGGCCUUCCUGAGGUUACCAUCAUAAACUUGGACGGGGACAUUAACGAAAAUGGUGGUAAGUUCAACGGUAUGAAGAGAUAUGUGGCGCGUGUGGAAGUUGAAAAAGAGCUGGCAGGGAUGGACCUGCUUCGCGGAAAGGAGCCGAAUGCUAUGAGCUUGCCAGUUUGCUCUCGCUCGGGGGAUGUUGUUGAACCACUUCUUAUCCCGCAGUGGUGGGUCAAUUGCAAAGAACUUGCGAAGAGAAGCGCUGAUGCCGUGCGGAACAGUGACUUGGAAGUUGUGCCGUCGCAAUUUCAAGACACGUGGUUCAGAUGGCUCGACAACAUUCGGGACUGGUGUAUCUCUAGACAGCUUUGGUGGGGCCAUCGAAUCCCAGCAUACGAGGCCUCUACAGAUGGUGCGCCAUCUGAGACUAUAUGGGUUGUGGGGAGAACUGAAGCUGAAGCUCGGGAGCGUGCUGCCGCGAGGCUUAAUGUGGUGACAGAUGCGAUCAAACUGAAGCAGGACGAAGAUGUGCUUGACACAUGGUUUUCUUCUGGUUUGUUCCCUUUCUCUGUCUUUGGAUGGCCUGAGAAGACCAAGGAUUUAGAAGCCUUCUAUCCGACUACCCUUUUAGAAACUGGUCACGACAUUUUGUUCUUCUGGGUCGCAAGAAUGGUCAUGAUGGGCAUAGGCCUCACGGGCAAGUUGCCUUUCAAGACGGUACUACUGCACUCUCUGGUCCGAGACAAGAAAGGUCGCAAAAUGUCUAAAUCUCUUGGGAAUGUGAUAGAUCCUCUCGAAGUGAUCAACGGUGCAACUCUUAAUGAGCUCUCGGAGAAAAUCAAAAAGUCAAAUUUGCCCGCCAAGGAAAUCCAGCGGGCAAUAGCGGAUCAAAAGGAAGACUACCCAGGUGGCAUACCAGAGUGCGGUGCCGAUGCUUUGCGAAUUGGCCUUCUUGCUUACAUGACACAGGGCGGAGAUAUCAAUCUGGAUGUCGCACGUGUUAUCGGAUAUAGAAAUUUCUGUAACAAAUUGUGGAACGCAACGAAAUUUGCUCUCGGAAACUUAGAGAAGGACUUUGUGUUCUCGAACAAUGGGCUUCAGGGGGCGAUAGAGCUUGGUGAAACUCUGGAUCUUUGGAUCCUGUCGCGGUUGAAUGCGACUUGUGCGGAGGUGAAUGAUGCAUUUGUUGCCUAUAAUCUUGGGGAUGCGGUUAGUAUUGCGUACCGCUUUUGGAUGAGUGAGUUAUGCGGCAUCUAUCUGGAAGGUUUGAAACCCGUCAUGCGUGGAGAGGACGAAGGCAAGAAGACUGCUGCCAAAAUGGUUCUAUUCGAAUGUCUCAGCGCGGGAAUACGAAUGUUACACCCAAUGAUUCCUUUUGUAACUGAAGAGCUAUACCAGAGACUGCCUGGGCCCACUGUGCCUGAGUCGAUAUGUAUUGCACCUUUCCCGAAGCAGAGCGAAAGUCGGCAUUUCGAGGCAGCGGAGCUAAGGUUAGAAUCCACCAUGAAGAACGUACAAGCUAUACGAGCUGUGAAGGCUGAAUAUGGCUUGAAACCUUCGAGUGCCCCAGAAGUGUUUAUACUGGCUGCGGAUGAGGAAGCAGCGAAGCGAAUUGUUCCCCAGUACGUUGAAACGCUCACCUCUUGUGGUAAAACGACUGCUGGUAUCAGUGGUGUGACUGAGCCCCCCAAUGGGGCUGCGGUUACUGUUGUGGAUGAGAAAUACGAAGUUCACGUUAUCCUCACUGGGCUCGUGGACUUUGAGUCUGAAAUCACAAAACUGGAGGCUGCAGCUUCAGAAAAAGGAAUGCUCGUUGAAGAAUAUGACAAGAAGAUGUCAGCGGAGGGAUACGAGAGCCGCGUCCCCGAAAAGGUUCGUUGCAAGAAUACUAAAACACGCGAAAAGUAUAUAUUGGAAAAGGCCAACCUCGAACUCUUAGCCGAAAGAUUCCGAAAACUAUUGCGAUAA